AGUCUUCGGUCCAUUCAUGGUGUAGUUUCGAGGUAGCAGUAGACCAAGUGCGAUGUGUACGUUUUUCGUCCGUGGUGUCUGAAGGUGUGAGGCCAGGAAAAAAUCUUCAAUUUUUUCUUAACCCAGAGAUACGCAACAAAGCCGAUAGGAAAAGUGGGUAAUUCGCGACUAUUUCGACCGAAAUCAACCACGAAAAGUGUCCAAAAGUACAUUCUGAGAAGACAUUUCCGCUUGACCUGUGUCAUAUGACUCAAGUGAACACCGUUUGGCCCCGUUUAGAUUGAGUAAGUGAAUGUAUAGAAGUGAAUUCCACCGAAAUUUGUGCGUGUGAUGUGACUGCAAAUUCACGGUAGCAUCGAUUUUUUAAAACGCUAUAUCGAGUCAUAUUCUCCUCGAAAUUGAACGCAGAAAAACGCGAUUUCACCGAAUUCGAUGGUGGUGUCAUCUAAUCAGAACCAAAUCAAUCGGUUAAGCAACCGUGAGUAAGUGAGUGCAAAGAAGAAGGAAAAAUUCUUAUUUCAAACAAGAACCAGUGCAAUCGAGCGUUAGUGAAUGAAGUGAAUUUUUGCCAGAAUGCAGCCACGAUGAAGCGUGGUCGUACGGAAGAGAUUCAGUUCGGGCAGCCCCCUCGGGCGGGCGGGACUGCCCCACAUCAGCGUCUGAUUACGACAAGCCAACCGCAUAAUCCCGGGCCUACGAUACAGUAUCAGAUAUCAUCGCCGAAUGUUAUAAAAACGACCACACCCGCCGAGGUUGUGGCCAAUCUUAGCCAGUCUCAGCAACAACAACAACAACAACAACAGCAAGUUCAGCAACAGCAGCAAACAGUGACCCAACAAACCCAGCAACAGCAGUCGCAGGUUCCUCAACAGGGACCACCACCGUCCCAACAGCAAACCAGCGUUCAGUACACGACGACAUCUUACACCACGGCAAUCGGUGGUACCAAUCUGGUGAAAACAACCCCCCAUGGGCAGUCCACGGCCCCGCAGCCGGCCCAGCAGAUCCAUGUCGUGAACACGACCAGUCAGGUUCGUGGUCACAAAGGCACGACGAAUGCUACCGCCGGUACAAAUCAAGUGAUAACCACCAUGUCAGCUAAUGUCAUUUCGAGCGCACAGCCGCAACCGCCACCACCGCCUCCACCACAGGGCCAGGCUCAGUUCCAGCGGUUAAAAGUCGAGGAUGCACUCAGUUAUCUCGAUCAGGUUAAGUUUCGCUUUGGCAAUCAACCUCAGGUUUACAACGAUUUCCUGGACAUCAUGAAAGAGUUCAAAUCCCAGAGCAUCGAUACGCCCGGUGUCAUACAGCGGGUGUCAAAUCUAUUCAAGGGUCAUCCCGAGUUGAUUGUGGGAUUCAAUACCUUCCUACCGCCUGGAUACAAGAUAGAGGUACAGGCGAACGAUCAAGGUUACGCCUUUCAAGUGUCUGUCUCAGUGCCAUCGACGUCAGCCGGAACAGCAGUAGCCCCGCAGCCUUCUCCCCAUAAGUACAAUACCAUUUUCCAAGGUGGCGGCCAAAUCGUACAAACUGGAAAUACAGCUGUCAAUUUAAUGACCUACGGUCACACGACCGGUUCGGUGCACACUACUCUCCAACCGGCGAGUACCACCCUACCAACGACGCAAAACUCCAAUGUUAGUAGUAUUGCAGCGAUUCCUCAAUCUCCGCAAAACUUUUCGAGGGAUCGAGAACGUACGAUCUCCGGAGGAAGUGGUGGACCUACCUUGCCACCGGGCAGUACUCCAGUGGGAACUGUUACUGCCACCGAUCCUACUACCACAAUCAGCAGUCAGCAACAAAAUCUCCAUCGAAUGAUCUCUCAAACAGUGAUUCCUCAUCCACCUCAGCAGCAACCAGCUCCACCGGAACCGACAGCAGCUGGAAACGCGCAACCGAGUCAACCGGUCGAAUUCAAUCAUGCCAUCACCUAUGUCAAUAAAAUCAAAAACCGUUUCCACUCACAACCUGAAAAGUAUAAGCGAUUCUUGGAGAUUCUGCACACCUAUCAGAAGGAGCAGAAAAUUCAUAAGGAAGGUACCCAAGGCGGUUGCAAUUCCGGUGCGAAACAGCUGACGGAAGCCGAAGUGUACACCCAGGUGGCAAAAUUGUUCGAUAAUCAGGAGGAUCUACUGAGAGAAUUCGGUCAGUUUUUACCGGAUGCGACUAGCCAUGCACCGAUGCAUGUCAAUAAGAAUCACGGUCUGCACGAACAGGUGCAACCUCCUCCACCGCAACAAACGCACGGCAAGAAGAUGUCCGGCAGUGUGAUGAACGCAAGUGCAAAGCCAUUCAACAGCUCGCAUCAAGCUGGCAUCGGACGUCUGCAGGACAGAGAUUUUGGUCCGAGUGAGAAGGAUUUCCCGAGCGGUGCGAUGCCAGGUGGACGGGGUGGUAGUAUGGGCAUCGAGAAGGAACCAAGAAAUCACGUAAGCAAUCAGAAGUAUGCGCACAGUACCCCCGGCAUCCAGGGCAGUGGUCACGGAGGUGGUGGUAAUGCAAUCAAACGGUCACCGUCCUACUCGCAAGUUCCCUCGCAUAUGGGACACAAUCUUUCAUCACGGGAUCGUGAGGGACCACCGAUCAAGCGUCACAAACCGAUCUGUAGGGACAUAACGCUGGCCGAGGCUUCCAAAUUUGGUACGUUGAAUGAUUAUGCUUUCUUUGAUAAGGUUCGGAAAGCAUUGCGAAGUCCCGAUGUUUAUGAAAAUUUCCUACGCUGUCUAACCUUGUUCAAUCAAGAAAUUGUGUCGAAAUCAGAAUUACAAACCUUGGUGACACCGUUUCUCAGCAGGUUUCCUGAUCUGCUGAAGUGGUUCCAGGAUUUCCUUGGUCCCUCGACGGUGCCCGAGUGUGUCCCGUUGGCAACGGCCCAGCGGCAAGAUCGAUCUCAAAGCGAACUGGCCACCGACAUUGACUUGUCCACGUGCAAACGACUCGGCGCCAGCUACUGUGCUCUUCCGAAAUCUCAUGAAAAUGUCAAAUGCUCCGGCAGGACAGCGCUCUGCCGUGAUGUGCUAAACGAUACCUGGGUCUCAUUCCCGACGUGGGCGGAGGAUUCCACCUUCGUCACGUCGCGAAAAACGCAAUACGAAGAGUUCAUCUAUCGCUGCGAGGAUGAACGGUUCGAGCUGGAUGUUGUGAUAGAAACCAACAGUGCAACGAUACGAGUGCUGGAGGGUGUCCAGAAGAAGCUGAGCCGUAUGUCCCCGGAUGAGGUCAGUAGAUUUCGGCUGGACGAGUGUCUCGGGGGAACCUCACCGACGAUACACCAACGGGCGUUGAAGCGCAUCUACGGUGACAAAGCGGCUGAUAUUAUCCAGGGAUUGAAGAAGAAUCCGGUGGUGGCCGUCCCUGUGGUGCUGCGGAGGUUGAAAGCCAAGGAGGAGGAAUGGCGCGAAGCGCAAAAGGGUUUCAACAAGCAGUGGCGUGAGCAGAACGAAAAGUACUAUCUUAAGUCCUUGGACCACCAGGGUAUUAACUUUAAGCAGAACGACAUCAAGGCGCUACGAUCGAAAAGUUUGUUCAAUGAAAUUGAAACACUUUUUGAUGAGGUGAGUUACAUGAAGCGUCACGAGCAAAAUGAAGACGGCAGCUCCAACCCACUAACCAGUGGACCGCAUUUGAUUCUGCCCUACAAGGACAAAACGAUACUGGACGAUGCGGCCAAUCUACUGAUCCAUCACGUGAAACGGCAAACCGGCAUCCAGAAGCAGGAGAAGGCCCGAAUCAAACACAUCCUGCGGCAGUUUGUGCCGGAUCUGUUCUUUGCCCCUCGUCAGCAGCUAAGCGACGAUGAGCGGGAGGAAGAUGAUAGAGAUAUGGAUGUCGAUCAGGAGCACGAUGAAGAGAACAAAUCUUCAUCGAAGAAUGGUAAUAGUAAAAACAAUGGUAGCAGCAAUUCGACGAGUACAACAACAGGUGGAAACGGCAGCAGUAGUACCACCGACAAGGAUGCCAUUGCAUCGGCCAUAAAGGAGGAAACGCCAGACAGUACGACGAGUGGUUCCAAACCGACUGCGUUAACCACAGCAACCGGCAACAGUACAUCAGAAGGAGGAACGAUUCUAGCCAGUACGGCAGCAAUCACCACCGCCCUUAGUCAGUCGGCAACCGGUGUCGAUAGCAGUAGUACCACGACGGGCGCAAGUCGAUCGUCCACGGAAGAUAGUGGCAAAGAGAAUCAGCCGGACAGUGCUAUCAAGGUGGAGAUUAAGCUGGAAAGUGAUGCUGAUCAGCUAGCUGCGAGCUCGACAGCACAGACGACGAACGCUGCUCAGUCGCAGCAGCAACAAGCAACGAACCCACCCCUACCAGCUCAUGCCAUCAGCAAACACUAUGAAGAAGCUUAUACGCUGUUCUUCACCAACAACAACUGGUAUCUGUUCCUGCGGUUACAUGCAAUCCUGUGCGAACGACUGCGAAGCAUCUACGAGCGGGCGCAGAUCAUUGCCACCGAAGAGCGAAUGUACCAAGGUACGCGAACCAAUAGCACGGCCACGGCGUUGCGACUGAAGCCCAAGAGCGAAAUCAAGGUCGAGGAAUUCUAUUCGACCUUCCUCGACAUGCUAAAGAAUGUGCUAGAUGGUAACAUGGAGGCAGGCAACUACGAGGACUCGCUUCGGGAGAUGUUUGGCAUCCAUGCCUACAUUGCAUUUACGCUCGAUAGGGUUGUUCAAAACGCUGUACGACAGCUGCAGCAUUGCGUAACGGAACGAGGUGCUCUGGAAUGUGUAGAACUGUUCCAACUCGAGCAGCGCAAAGGUGGUGCCGGCGGACUCUGUCGCACUGCGAAUCGUCGCGUUGCCCACGAACUGGCAUACCAGCGGAAGGCGGAAGCAGCUCUCCAGGACGAAAACUGCUUCAAGGUUUACAUAUACAAAAUCGAUUGUAAAGUAACAAUUGAACUGCUGGACACCGAAUCCGAGGAUACGGCGCAGAAUUUCAACAAUGCCCAGAACUACAGCAACUACGUUGACCGGUUGUCAAAUCCGGCUGCCACCGGAACUGGCAGUGAAAGCGGUGUCAGUAUAACUGGAGCCGGAGCGACCAACGUGGAGAUCAAAACCGAGAAACCGGACGACGAAUUGAAUUUCAUCAGCGGUAACCGGAAAGCACGGUUUCUGCAUCGUAAUGUGCGUCGAUGUAAGGCGGCGAAUCCAGCGCUGGUCGCAGAUCUCCAAAAAGAAGUUACUCCCAUUGAUAACCAGGACUGCAAAUCGCCACUCUCCUCCGGUGCAGGAACAACGACUACGACUGCUGGUGGUGGACAGAAGAACAACAAUGCGUCUUCGGCCGCCGAAGGAGGAGGAGGACCAGGCACCAACAAUAAUAACAAUAACAACAACAACAAUAGUACGCUGAAAAAAGGCGACACAGAAGUUGCCGUUUGGAACCACAAAGGGAAAACGGCACAAGCACCCGAACGAUUGCCUAGCAGCAACGGCGAUCAGAGCUACUACGUGGAUGAUCGCGAGCAGUUUCGGCUGAACGUGAACAACUACAAGAUCUGCUACGUACUGAACAAGCAUCUCAUUUUCUACAAGCGCAAGUCGCUACCGAGGGCGCGAGAGACUCAUCCGGCCGUCACGAAAACCAUGCACCAACGGUUCGAUGCCUUCGUGCAGCGCUGGCUCGAUCAGAAUGUGAGUGACGCCCAGCGGGUGCAGUGCAACGAGUGGCUCCUCGGCACCCGGCUGGAUCUGGUGAAGAACGUGACCGUAGUUAGGCAGAACAAUGACCUCAGUCGGACGCCGUACAUGCUCUACAAUCGGUACAAAGUGGAAAAGGCCGACCAUCUGUGAGUUGUGCAAAGUGGAAGUUGCAGCAAGUUUUAACGCCCGAGGCAGGAUCCAACGUAAUGCGAACGACAACUGCUGCAGCCCAGAAAGUAUUAGACCGAGAGAAAUACUUGAUUUGAUUCGAAAGCUAAACAAAAGCCACUUAGGCCACCAUUCACUUGUUUGUAAUUACUAGACGGUAAGCUUCCUUCCUUAUGUUUUUCUUUCUCGUUUCUGAAGGAAAACCUCGUUUUAUUGUAAUUCAUUUUUAUUACAUUGAUUACUUAGGUAAGCAGAGUUUUUAACGCAAGAAUAAAAAAAUGAAAAACUACAAAAACUAAGCUGUAAGAGGAUCAUGUACAAUUGAAAGUAGUUCACUGCUAUACAAACCGCGAUUAAGAGUUAAUUAGCUAAAGUACGGUAAGCUAAUUAGUCGUUAAGGAGAGAAACAGCAGCAGGUUGUUGAGUUCGUUUAUUUAAAGCAAACAUUAAAAUGGUAACAAUUGAAACAUUUACAAUUACACACAUCCACACGUAGGGCUGUCCGGGAAAAUCAGAUUCACACAAUAAAUAAAAACAAACAAAUGCGUACAGAUUGUAGUUAUUAGAUGUUAAGAGAACCAUCCAAUUAACGUUUAACAUGGACAUUUUAACGCUAGGUUGUAGAACGCAUCAGCGCUACUACAGCGGGGAUAAGUGCAAAUCUUCCUCUUGUGGUGGAAGAUUUCGGCCAAAAACCAGGAAAGUAGUGUUAUAGUACGAUUCGUGUGUGAUUUUUUUUUUUUAGCAAAAACAAGCGAAGGUAAAUCUCAACUCUUUGCAGACUUUAUUCAAACUUGGUUGCUCCGAUUAAUAAUGAUACAUAGGUACUUGAGUGCUUGGUGUGGUAUUCGUUGACGAAUUUUGAAACUAUAUGACAGCUGAAAGGUUGAGGUUUUUUUUAGUAUAAACAAAAUAUAAUGGCAUAAAUUCUACAAGCUCCAUUGUGAUUGCAACUUCUUUGUGCUGCUGUGUACCUAUUGUGCCAUAGAGCAAGAAUCCGAAUUAUAACAUAUCGGUUGCCUCGAAAACCGAUGCUUUUACUGUGUGUGGUGAUUAAAGCCGUUCAAAACGAAAGGUGUCGUUCCACCAAUCAAAGCAAUUAUUAAUUUGGAUCAUCCUUGGAAAAUGUCAGUAUUUUUCAAAUUGUCAAAUCGAAAAUUCCUUACUUCGUCAAGGAAUACCGCAACUACCAAUUACAAGUGAAACCUUGCAUACAACAACAUACAAAUCGGUCGGACAGUAGAAUAAGUAAAUAAGUUAGUUAAAAGCUAUUUUCCACUGUGAAUAUAACAAGUAAGCAUUACAAGAAAAAUGAAAAUAUUUAAAAAAGGCAAACGCGUCAAUAAAUGUAAAGUUAUUUGAAAA